AGCGGGGAGAGGACGCCGCAGCCAGCGGGCCGGGGGGGGGGGGGGGUCGGCGGCGGCGGCGCGGGGCGCAGGCGGCUUCCAGCGCCGAGCGUGUACCUGAGGGACGGCUCCCGGCGGCGGCCGUGAGUUACUGCCCUUACUGCAAAGCUUCCAGAUUCAGCGCUGAUCUGAUUUGGUUGUCCCAUUGACAAGGAAUAGUUAUCUGCUUAGUCUUACCCUUCAUAUUUGGCAAUCUGAGGAAAAGGUCUGAGCCAGCAUGAAGACAGAAUCCCCUCUUCAUUAGAGAAAAAAGCUCCUAUGCAACCGUUGUGUACUAAUGAUGUAUUCUGAUUACUUAGCUUUCUGCCUGACGCAGUUCAUUUCAAGAAGUGCACGAUGACAGAGCGUGGAAUUAAAUGGGCUUGUGAGUAUUGUACAUAUGAAAAUUGGCCGUCUGCAAUCAAAUGUACCAUGUGUCGUGCUCAGAGACCUAGUGGAACAAUUAUCACAGAAGAUCCAUUUAAAAGUGGUUCAAGUGAUAUUGGUAGAGACUGGGAUCCUACGAGCACUGAAGGAGGGAGCAGUCCUUUGAUAUGUCCAGAUUCUAGUGCCAGACCAAGAGUUAAAUCAUCUUACAGUAUGGAAGGUGCAAAUAAAUGGUCAUGCCACAUGUGCACAUACUUGAACUGGCCAAGAGCGAUAAGGUGUACUCAGUGCUUGUCUCAACGUAGGACCAGGAGUCCCACAGAGUCUCCUCAGUCUUCAGGUUCUGGUUCAAGACCAGUCCCUUUUUCUGUUGAUCCAUGUGAGGAAUAUAAUGACAGAAAUAAACUAAACACAAGGGCUCAGCACUGGACUUGUUCUGUUUGUACAUAUGAAAACUGGGCGAAGGCCAAGAAAUGUGUUGUAUGUGAUCAUCCCAGACCUAACAACAUAGAAGCAAUAGAACUGGCAGACACAGAAGAGGCUUCUUCAAUCAUAAACGAGCAAGACAGAGCUCGAUGGAGAGGAAGCUGUAGUAGUGGUAAUAGCCAAAGAAGAUCUCCACCUACAACCAAACGUGAAUCUGAUGUGAAAAUGGACUUCCAAAGAAUUGAAUUGGCUGGAGCUGUUGGCAGCAAGGAAGAACUUGAAGUUGACUUCAAAAAACUAAAGCAAAUAAAAAAUAGAAUGAAAAAGACUGACUGGCUGUUUCUAAAUGCUUGCGUUGGAGUUGUAGAAGGUGAUUUAGCUGCUGUUGAAGCUUACAAGUCAUCAGGAGGAGAUAUUGCCCGCCAGCUUACUGCAGAUGAAGUACGCCUGCUAAAUCGCCCUUCUGCUUUUGAUGUUGGGUACACGCUUGUACAUCUGGCAAUACGCUUUCAGAGACAAGAUAUGCUAGCAAUUUUGCUUACGGAGGUAUCGCAACAUGCAGCGAAGUGCAUUCCUGCCAUGGUGUGUCCAGAGGUCACAGAACAAAUUCGUCGUGAAAUUGCUGCAUCUCUUCAUCAACGAAAGGGAGACUUUGCUUGCUAUUUUCUGACUGACCUUGUAACAUUUACGUUACCUGCAGAUAUUGAAGACUUACCACCCACAGUCCAAGAAAAGUUAUUUGACGAAGUACUUGAUAGAGAUGUUCAGAAAGAGCUAGAAGAGGAAUCUCCCAUUAUUAACUGGUCACUGGAACUGGGUACGCGCUUGGACAGCAGAUUAUAUGCACUUUGGAAUCGGACUGCAGGGGACUGCCUGCUUGAUUCAGUACUACAAGCCACUUGGGGCAUUUACGACAAGGAUUCAGUGCUGCGGAAAGCUCUUCAUGACAGUUUACAUGACUGCUCACAUUGGUUCUAUACACGCUGGAAAGAGUGGGAAUCGUGGUAUUCCCAAAGCUUUGGUUUACAUUUCUCAUUGCGAGAGGAACAGUGGCAGGAAGAUUGGGCAUUCAUACUCUCUCUUGCAAGCCAGCCUGGAGCGAGUUUGGAGCAGACACACAUUUUUGUACUUGCACAUAUUCUUAGAAGACCAAUUAUAGUUUAUGGAGUAAAAUAUUAUAAGAGUUUCCGAGGAGAAACAUUAGGAUAUACCCGCUUUCAAGGUGUGUAUUUGCCUUUGUUAUGGGAACAGAGUUUUUGUUGGAAAAGUCCUAUUGCUCUGGGCUACACAAGGGGCCAUUUCUCUGCUCUGGUUGCCAUGGAGAACGAUGGUUAUGGCAAUCGAGGUGCUGGUGCUAACUUGAACACUGAUGAUGAUGUUACUGUUACUUUUCUACCGUUGGUGGAUAGCGAGAGGAAAUUAUUGCACAUUCAUUUCCUUUCUGCUCAAGAGAUAGGUAACGAGGAGCAGCAAGAAAAGCUGCUUCGGGAAUGGCUGGACUGCUGUGUGACAGAAGGAGGGGUUCUCGUUGCCAUGCAGAAAAGCUCUCGUAGGCGCAAUCAUCCGCUGGUCACCCAGAUGGUAGAGAAAUGGCUCGAUCGCUACAGACAGAUCCGCCCUUGUACGUCCCUUUCUGAUGGCGAGGAAGAUGAGGAUGAUGACGACGAAUGAUGAUGAAGAAAAUGAAAAGAAAAUUACCAGUGCAGAGUGUCUGACCCGGAGUUAGCGUUCUGCUCUAGCAGUUCGUUGUGGAACGACCCAAUUCUAGGGGAAACAUGCUGUAAAGGAUUUUUCUAACUAGCAUGGAGAGAGGCUAGAAGCUCAUCUGCUGCGUUGAAGAGAGCGAAAUGGGCUGGACUACCGUUUGUAUAAAAACAAAGAAAAAGAAACAAAAAACAGCUAAUUUUAUUAUCAAGACAGAAAAAAACCAUUUUUCUUUCUGAUUGUAAAUCUGUCUAUAAAUGUACCGCAUGUGGUUGUGUAAGAGGUUGUGUAAUAGGAAAAGUAUACCAGCAUCUUAAUUAUUGCAAAGAAAUUUUUCAAAUAAGGGCACUUACGAAAGCACAUGUUAGAUGGAUAUCUCUUCCCUCUGAGAUUCUUUUACAGUAGAACUUGGUAUUCUGCAUCACCUUUUAGAUACUCUGAUACAUUUCCGUGAAAGGCCCUUUUAUGUGAAAUCUCACUAGUGCCCAGGUCAGAUUGAGGUUUUUUUUGUUUGCACAAAAUAUCCACAGCAAGUCAUAAGCAAAGAUACAUUCAUUAUUUCACUAAUAUUUUAGUUACUGCUGUGCCCAUAUAAUAAAAUCUAAACUCUACGGAACAAACUGGAAGAGAAGCUAAAUUUUUCAUGGAGUGAAAUGAUUUGUUUCCUGAAAAAGUGUUUUGGGUUUUUUUUUUUUUAAUUUUUUUCUUCUAAUAGUUAAUAGAUUCCUUUCAGUAUACAUAAGAAUAUUUAUUCAGAGAAGUGACCUAAAAUAUAGGGAUUUUAUUCCAGUGAGCAUAUACUAAACAAAAUUGUGUGAAAUUUGAGAACUCAGACAUGAUUGAGAAUUUCAUAUUGUCAGAACUCCGUCUUGCUGUGAUACAAACCGUGUAUCAUUUUAUCAUUUAUUCUUUCAUCAACUUAAACAUUGCUGCAAAUGAAAAAACACCUUUUUAAAGGGUUACUCCUCGGUCAUUAAAUCUAGUGAGAAUACACUUGGCAGUUCUAAUUAAAAAGAAGAAUCUAUGCUAAAGUUGUUUUUAAAAGCACUGUGUUAUAUAUUUCUCAGUAUGUAAACCUGGGAAUUUCUUGCAUGUUGAUUGAUGUGGCCAUACUUAAACUUAUGUAAGUUCCUAAGAUUGUAAGUUCAGAGUAUAUUCUCCAGUAGAAAUUUUAUUAUAUUUGAUAACUUUAGCCAUGUAACCUCUAAUGGAUAAAGUUUAUCUAAAAGUCUCACUUAAACACUAAAGGUUAAUGCCAGUUUUUACCUAUACAGUGCAAUUCAGGUUGUCUGGAAAAGCACUUUUGAUCGUGUGGUGGUUGAAUAAGGAAUUUUGCAGUAGAUGAAAUUGUUUUAAUUAGAAGUUGGAAAGAAGCCCCAUAGCACAUAUUUUUAUGUAGUUCAGAGCUAUGGAAACCCUGAGGAACUUGCUGCUUUUUCUUCCAAAUGCUGCUUAGAUGGUGUUGAAAUGUGCACAACUCCUACAUAAACAUGGUGACGACACCAAAAGUAUAGAAAUAAUGAAGUACUGUAUUAACUUAGCAAUUUUCCCAUCACAGAUUCCAUUGAGGUUUAUUAUGAAAUGUCUUCACCUUUUUUUGGCCAUUAGAUCUCCUGAUUGGUGCAUGUGCAAAUUUUCAGGUAAAAGAAUGCAUGCUUAUCUGCAAUGUACGUAUGAUUUACCUGAACUAAAUAGGCAAACCACAGAUACUAAAGAGGUUCUUCACAAGCAUAUGGUCCUGUUUCAAGUUUGCUCUCUAAAUCAGUAUUUUUUUUUUUUUUGGUCCUUGUUCUUACCUUGCAGUGAAAUCCUUUCGUACCUCAUCUAGCUGAGGGUGUAAAGCUUUUCUGUCAGGGGAACUGAAUGCAGAGGAAGCUGGGAUGAGAAUUUCCAUCAUCUGAGCUGGCCUGCACCGUGUGCUUGGUGGCAUCCCUUAUCUGUCGUGGUGUAGCCCAGUACACUUCUGGAGGUCCUUCUCGUUCAGGACUGAGUAUGCCAGGUUUAGAAGUUCUCGUUCAGUGGCCAGAUUGCUGUAAAUUCAGAUCCUAGCUUACCCAGGAUUAGCUUCCCUGUGCAGAGCACCAUUCGAAUGGACAAAAGGAUAAGCUUCUCCCUUCAGUAGGCUACUUGAAGGGGUGUGCAAAACGCUGCGCAGAAUUUUAACAUCUCCCCCUGCCCGCCUUUGCUUUCUGCAGUACUGUUCCGUUUAAGGAAGUAAAGCUUCCUCGUAACAUGGGGAGAAUAACCAAUGUGAAAGUCUACCUUGAGCCAAAUUCGAUGAGCACGCCUUUCCUCAUCUCCUGUUGCUGUCCGUGGGCAGCCUGUGUUGUGGCCCGACGAUCCCCGUCCCCAGCCAGCACUUCACCAUAGCAAGUGGAAGUUCACCAUGCAGUCAGUUCAGCUGUUUUUCAAAAGCAUGCACCGUGCUCUCCGAUAUUUAUCUAGUUCUGGUAUGAGAGGGCAGUCCUGGUACUCCAGAGCUCUUGGCUUUCCUGAUCAUUAUUGUUUUGUUCCGAUGUGCUGUAAAAUGGUAUGUUCAGGUUAACACGCUUCACAGGUCAUUUCGGAACUGGUGAAGCAUUUUUUUCAGAAUCAAAGUAAUCCAAACCUCAUGUACCUGUAGAUUAAAGAGAUGCAAACCCCUGCUUUGUGCUAGCACAGUGGUCAGUGUAUGUUAAUGGGUACUCUCCUUGAAUUACAUACUUGAAAGUUUACAAAUACUGAGAUUAAUUUGCAAAUGCUACCUUGCAGCUUGUCAGCAAGUUCUGCUCUUUUAGCCAAGUAUAUAUAUAAAAUUGGGUUUCUCAGUGUUAUUUUCCUCAUAUUAUUGCUCGCAGCAGCACAUGCUUUCCUAGCACAGAACUUGGCUUUUCAUUGCUACCUCCUUUACAUCUGGUUGUUUUUUCUGGUUUUAUUUAUGAAUUCCUCAGUGAAAAUCCCUGUAUUUCUUUUGUUUUUAAUAUAUUAAAAUUUAGUAAUUCUGGAUUCUUCCAAAGUUCUGCUGCAUGGCUUAUGGCAAAUAUUACUAGACUGUGUUUACUCCAUUAACAAAAUCGGUUUGUGUGCGUUUAGAGGCCCUUAUUUAAUUGCCGCUUUUCCUUUUUCCCCCUUUUGUUCAGUAACUUCCCUUAACCCCCCCCUUUUUUUUUUUAGGUUUUAUUUAGUGUCUGUCACCUUCAAGCUGCCUGUUUUAAGCUGCUCUGAUAUCCGUCAUCAAUGGAGAGACUCCCUGCCUGCCGUCCUUGAGCAUGACAACAGCAGUACGGCUGUCAGCAAAGUAACGGCACAAAUCCUCAGCAGCAACUGUUUAUCUCCCGUUUCUUUGCCCAAUAAUUUUCCAUUUGAGAGUUGCAGCGUGCCGCUUCCUGGUACUUCAGCAUAUCUUAAUUGCGACGAUACUCUUCCCUUUCCGCUUCCAUGGGUCUUCUCUUUGCGCAUUUCGCUGGUGAUUGCACUCCAGGCGCUUGAAACCCAACCGCGGAGGGGAACUCCCAAAACUGCAGUCCGUUACCAAAACACGUCCUUUAGUUUGUAACCCUUGGGAUCUCUUAAUUUCUACUCUCGUUGAGCUUGUAGCACUUCAGUAGAAGCUGUCUGCCUACGUUUUCAUCCGUCCUUGGGUUUUGGUUGAGAGGGAGGUUGGGUGUUGGAUGAAAACUACAGCAUUUGCUGUUCCCUGUGGGGUCUGAGCUAAGCCUCUCGCUGUCCUGGUGCGGAGUCCACUGCUGGCGGCGGAUGCCCGAGGAACCACCGGCGCGCGAGAUCCUGCGAGACAGGGAAGUACUUGCACCCGUCUGGGAUGCAACUGCUUAUUUAAAAACAAAUCACAGUACCAGAGCUAGUUUAUUUUUAAAACAACUCUAAACCUUAACAUCAAUUAGAUGUGUUCCUCUUGGUUUUUACCGUCGUUUCAGUGUUUCCCAAAUACCUUCUCUGUAACUAAACUGUUUUAUCAUCCUGGUUUCUUGUGGUGUUCAUGGAUAAUCACUGGCGUGCUAUGUUGAUCACUGACAAAGAGUGGUCAUUCAUCUAUAAAAGGUGACCUCUUUUUUUAACAUGUUUGAAGCUGGUAACUAGUUUUCAGUUUAAUUUAAAGCAAACAAAAUACAGAGUUUUGUAACCUA